UGGUUAAACGUCAUAUACUCUUCCUCGUCUCUCUUAAAUGAGCAUCAUUAUUCAGCAAGUCUUCUUUCCCGAAAUAAUCUGCAUUGGGAUGCCGGUGGUAUAAAGCUUUUUAGGGAAAAACAAUACCCGCUGUCAUUCGGGUUUUAAUCAGAGGGUCGCUUUCUUUUGUGCUCAUAUGGCAGAGGAGGUUUUGAUAGAUCCAAAUGGGAAAUCUAGAGGGCAUCUAACCCCAUCCCUGUUGGCAGUGGCGUUCCUCUCUUCCUUUGGGAGCUCCAUGCUCUAUGGUUAUAACCUGGCUGUGGUUAAUUCUCCUGCUCAGUAUAUAAAGGACUUUUUUAACCAAACCAUUGUCAGGCGUAAUGGGUCAGGACUGGAUGAAGAGACUCUCACGCUUAUGUAUUCAGUCACUGUGUCUAUAUUUGCCAUUGGAGGCCUGGUUGGCUCUCUCACAGUGGGAAUGCAGGUUACCAGAUUUGGGAGGAAAGGGACACUGGUACACAGCACAGUUCUGGUGUUCAUUGCUGGAGGGCUGAUGGGUUUCAGCCGAUUAUGUGGAUCUCCAGAGAUGAUCAUCAUUGGGCGCUUCAUUACAGGGAUACAUUCAGGAAUAUCUCUCAGCGUUGUGCCAAUGUAUCUAGGAGAAAUUGCUCCAAAGAAUCUCCGGGGCUUCCUAGGGCUCGUGCCCAGCAUCUUCAUUUGUAUAGGAGUGUUUAUCGCUCAGAUUUUAGGACUCCAUGAGAUCUUGGGCAAGGAAGAGCACUGGCCUCUGUUUCUCUCCCUAGUCGUGGUGCCUACAUUCAUUCAGCUCAUGUUGUUGCCGUGGUUUCCAGAGAGUCCGAGAUAUCUGUUGAUUGAAAAGCGAAACAUUCAUGCCACUAUCAAAGCACUGAAGUGGUACCGUACCAAGUCUAACAUCCAGGCUGAAGUAGAGGAGAUGCAGGAAGAGCAGCGCUCUUUAUCCUCAAUGGACACUCUCUCAGUAUUGCAGCUCAUCAGGGAUCCCACUGUUCGCUGGCAGCUUGUUACAGUCAUUGUGGUCAAUGCUGGGAUGCAGCUGUCGGGAAUCGAUGCGAUCUGGUUUUACACCAAUACUAUCUUUGAGAAUGCUGGCAUUCCUGCUCCUCAGAUUCAGUACACAACCGUUGGCACUGGAGCCAUAGAGGUCAUCGCUGGACUCAUAGGGUGCUUUACUAUAGAGCGUGUGGGUAGGAGGCCUCUGAUGAUUGGUGGCUUCAGCUUUAUGGGCUUGUGCUGUGCGGGAAUCACUUUCUCCCUCAUGUUACAGGCUCAUUUACCCUUUAUGCGGUACAUCAGUGUGGCCUGUGUGGUUGGAAUCAUCGCUGGAUUCUGCAUUGGGCCUGCUGGUGUCCCAUUCCUCAUGACAGGAGAGCUCUUUAAACAAUCCCAUCGACCUUCUGCCUACAUUGUUGGAGGAUUUCUCAACUGGAUAUCAAACUUCACUGUUGGAUUUGUCUUUCCUUUCCUUCAGAUGUCAGCUGGAGCGUACUGUUACCUGGUGUUCUGUGGUGUGUGUGUGGGGGUGGCAGCCUACGUCUACUUCAUCAUUCCUGAAACAAAGAACAAAACCUUUGUGGAGAUCAGUGAGAUGUUCGCCUCAAGAAACGCUUGUGAAAUUGAAAACCAGCCGCUGGGAACCACUGACCAACUCAGGCUCAAAAAGAUGAAUGGGUAUGGAUCACUGGUGUCCGAUGUGGAAAAAAUGGACAGGAUAGAGAAAUAGUUGUGAAAAAAGAGGGCCGUAUGCUGUGUUCUGGUGCUACAAAACACUGUUCCGAGUGCUGUGAGAAUGCGAUGUUUUCAUUUAAGAAUUAUUAUGUGGAGUAUUUACUGCAGGUAUUUUGAAAGCCAUACAGUAGGUUGUGUGAUGAUCAGAAAAACUUCCCACGUCUAUCUGACAUAAAUUGAGCCUCAAGGGAAAUCAACAUCAGACAUUGUUGCCUGACUGUGUCAAAACUGCAUAUUAGAUGCAUCCAUUUGACAGUUUGUUUGAAGAUGUCAUCAAUUUAUUGAACGCUACAAAAUUUGAACUGCCUCUGAGCUUCAUCACACAAAGCUAUUGUAUACCUUGUGAAGAGCAAAAGUCAUAUGGACUACAUAUGGAAAAGUUUGGGAUUGGACUUUUUUUUUCUUAAGCUGCAUUUAUUUAUUUAUUCAAAAUACGGUAUAUUGUAAAAUAUUAUUACAAUUUAAAAUAACUGUUUUCUAUUUUAAUAUAUUUUAAAAUGUGACUUCUUCCUGUGAUGAAUUUACAGCAGCCAUUACUCUAGUCUUCAGUGUCACGUGAUCCUUUUGAAAUCAUUCCAGUAUGCUGAUUUAUAUUCCUUAAUAAUAAACAUUUCUUAUUGUUAAUGUUGAAAA